UGUUAUAGGGUAUGUAAGUCUCGUUUACUUUCAAUUUCGCUUUUGAACUUCCGGGUACGUCAGCUAUAGCAUUGAAAUGGUGUAUUGCUUUGCCAUUCAUUGUGUGCACAGGACUGGGGGCAAUGGAACAUGUAGUCUGUUCAGGUUCCCCAUAAACCCAAAGGAGAAGAAGAAAUGGGUUGAUAGAUGCAGACGAGCGGACAGAGCUGUCAACGGGAAUGACCGGAUAUGCAGUUGUCAUUUUGUAGAUGGCAAGAAAGAAAAUGGCCCAACCAUUUUUGAAUACCAGAAGAAAGAUCUACAUUUCCAAGAAAUGAACACACCUAAAAGAUGCAAAAGGCCGAAGUUGAAGGAAAGGGAAGAUGUGAAAGAAAGCAUACCAGUAGAUGUUACUACAAUUUCCCAGGACCAUAAUUAUUACACGCAUGACUACAGGGCUUAUGAUGACAUUGAUGCUGAACUACCAACAAAAUCUAUUCAAGAGUUAGAAAGGGAGAUAGCCCGUCUAGAGGGUGAACUUGGCCGCAUGAAAUUGCGCCCAUCCAAAAUGUCGGUUCAGGACAUUAUUGGUGACAAUGAUAAGAUGCUGCUAUACACAUCUUUUCCUGUGGAUGUCUUCCAAGUCCUGGUGGGUGUUCUGAAGAGGUUAGCUCCUUUCAACUACUAUGCUGGCUGGACUGUUACCUGCUUCAGCCUAGAGGAUCAACUAUUAAUCACCCUUAUGAAAUUACGUCUGAAUUGUAAGGACUUAGAUUUGGCAGUUAGAUUUGAUACAAGCAGAGGAACUGUUUCGAACAUUAUAAAUACAUAUAUUUCUGUGCUUCAUGAAAUAUUGUUUGAAGGAAUUUUACUUAAAGUAGGAAUUCCAAGCCAACUCAAAUGCAAGGGAUCCAUGCCGAAGUCAUUUGAAGACUUUAGUUCUGCAAGAAUUGCAAUGGAUGCUACAGAAAUUGUGCAGGAUGUUCCUUGUAACAUGAACCAUCAAACACUUUCUUAUAGUAAUUAUAAAAGUAGACAUACUGUAAAAGCUGUUACAUGUGUUGCUCCAAAUGGUGCAUUAGUUUUUUGUUCAGAUCUUUAUCCAGGCUCUACAUCAGAUGCAGCUAUUGUUGAUCACUCGAAAAUAUUAGAGCAACUUAAACCAGGUGACUUGAUUUUGGCUGAUAAGGGCUUCAAUAUUUUUGAUAAACUUCCUGCUGGAGUUUCUUUAAACAUUCCUCCUUUUCUUUCUAGUAAAGGUCAUUUCACAAAAGAGGAAGCUUUACUUUGCUUCAAAAUUGGAAGGAGCCGAAUUCAUGUAGAAAGGGCAAACGAAAGGAUAAAAAAUUAUGAUAUUUUAGAUCAUAUUCCUGCACAAUACAGACAUUUAUCGACAAAAAUUUUUCAAUUGUGUUGUUGUCUUGUCAAUCUUCAGGCUCCUCUUUUAAAGGAAAUAGCAGAUAAAUAUGAAAUUGAUUCAAACUAGAGCUUUUACACAGUAAAAUUGACCCAAUGACCGAGUUUUUGACCCGGCACGGCCCAUGUUCGAACUUGACAUACACAUCAUCUAGAAAAAAAUUCUGACCAAGUAUGGUGAAGAUCGGAUGAAAACUACUUGAAUAAGAGAGCGGACAUCAUGCUGAAUGUUAAAUAACGCACAAAGUGACCCUAUGACCUAGUUUUUGGCUCAGCAUGGCCCAUAUUCAAACUUUGCGGCGAGAUCAUAAAACUUCUGACCAAGUUUGGUAAAGAUAUUGGAUGAAAACUACUUGAAUAAGAGAGCAGACAACAUGCUGAAUGUUUAAAACGCACUAAAUGGCCCAAUGACCUAGUUUUUGAUCCGGCAUAACCCAUAUUCAAACUUGAUCUAGACAUCAUCUAGAUACAACUUCUGACCAAGUUUGGUGAAGAUCGGAUGAAAACUACUUGAAUUACUUUGUGUACCUGAAAAAUUCCUUCAAACAAUAUUUCGUGUAAAUGAUGCUGUAUUCCUAAAUCUUUUUGUAAAAAGAAUGGAUUUAGUUGUGACUUGUAUGUACCAUAAAGAGUUGAUCCUCUUUGCUGAGGCAAGUUUCAGUCUAGCUAGCAUAGUAGUUGAAAGGAGCAAACCUCUUCAAACACUCUGAAGACAGUGUGGAUGAAUGGUUAUUACAUUUCAGUUGGCAAUUUGUAUUUCUAAUUUUAGCAUAUGCUUAUGCCAAUUUUAUAUGGAAUGCUUGUAUGCCUGUGAAUUUUUGUGUGUAUUGUUUAUAUCACAAAUCAUGCACAUUUGGUUGUUCUGUAUUUUUAUUCCAUAAACAUCUAACAGACAGAAAGUAUGACUGGUAUAUUCCACCCUAUCGGAGGCAUAGUUUGUAUUUCUAAUUUUAGCAUAUGCUUAUGCCGAUUGUAUAUGGAAUGUUUGUAUUUUUAUGAACUUUUGUGUGUGUUGUUUAAAUAACAAAUCAUGCACAUUU